CUUUAUAAGCUUUUAGCUCCGGAUAUGAGGUGCAUAAUAGUGUCGAGGGACAUUGAAGUAAUAACAGUGUUAGUGUUAGUUUAUCUGAACGGCCUGUCAUGGGGAGGGUCAGCACAAUUUACAUCAAAUGCUAAGUAACCAUGGAGAGCUGAAAGAGUGUUAGUGCCGUGCGCUCGUUUACGGAUCUGUGCGCAUCAGUGGAACGCCUGCUCUGAUAACAAGGACAGAGUCGGGAGGUAUUGAUCUGGGGCGACAUUAGUCUAAUGGAGGUUUGGAUGGAAGCAGAAUUUACUGCACACGUGUAUGUGUGGAACAGGUAGAGAAGCCGUAUAUGUGCUCCACCAUUCCAGUCUCAGCAUACCGGGGAGCAAUUGUUUUCUCUCAAUAGUGUGGCAUUGGACUCUAAAUAUGACUGAGACUUUCAUUAACAUCUCUGUUGAUUGGUACCACAUAAUGGAAAGCAAACACAUGAAUCUGUUCCUCAUCCCCACGGUUCUGCUAACCUCUGUCACAAUGCUGGUCAACCCCGUUCUGUCCCUCUGCAUACUGUGCUUUCCUUCGCUACGUCAAGAGACCCGCUACCUGCUCCUCGUGAACACGCUCUUCGCCGACAUGCUUUUCCUCACCAUAAACCUUGCGAUGGUCUCCUGCAACUCUGUAGGCCUGAAAAUGCACCACUCGCUGUGUGAGUUUAUGAUGGUGAGCAUGGUGAUGACGUACAGCUGCUCUGUGCUCACAGUCACAUUGAUGGUCGUCGACACGUAUGUGGCUGUACGUUGGCCUUUACGUUACAAAGAUAUUCUCCCACCAUCUCGGGCCAAGAAGAUAAUCAUGAGCCUUUGGGUGAUAGCCGCAGUGUGUCCAGUCUCUUUGCUAGUGAUGUUUGAGAAAGUGAUGGGCAAGGACCAGCAGAGCCGUCCAUUGUGUUUGGUGUUAAUUGCACUGCUCGUUGGAACAGAAAUGAAGGUUGGCGUUCAUUUGUACUUCAUCAUUGCCGUCAGCCUCUGCACUGCUCUCAUCGUGUACUGUUACAUACAUCUCUACAUCAUCACCAAGACUUCUGGGAUAUGGCGUAGUCGGUAUUCCCGAGCGCGUAUGACGCUUUUGGCACACACUCUGUUGCUCAUGAUGUAUUUUGUACCUGCGUUGGUCUUUGCUGUCGAGCUGGCUCUUUUAAAGCAAGAAACCAAGGAUGAUUUGGGAUUGUGGAUUGACUUGGUUAAUAUGUGCGUACUGAUGUUGCUGCCACGCUGUUGCACUCCUUACCUGUACAUAUUGCGCUAUCACGAGAUUUACGAGACUGUCCAGCAGGUGUUGUGGAAGAAGAGACAUCAGAGUCAGAGGAGUGCAGCCUAGAAGAGUGGACUUGAAGCUAGAGAAGAGCCACCCUGCAAAAUAACUGUAUCUGGUCCCUCUGUUUUUGGAGGAUUCAUUUGUAGAAGAGUGAAUUGAAUUCACUUGUGAGCAAGAAGGAGAUCUCAAAAGAAAUAUUUUAAUACUUAGUACUAAUAAUCUAUUAAAGCAUUUUAACUGUUAACAUGAAAGUAUAUUACAUAUAUUUAAGUAUUUUUUAUAUUUUCAUUUUUAAACUAACGACUGAAUGGCAUGUGCAAUAUUAUGUGUAUGUGUAAUAUUUCUAAAUUAUUUGAAACAAAUCUAUUUUGCAUAAAGAAAAUGAAGCCUGUUUUAUAACAUUAACAUAUUUGUCAGUAUGACAUUUUCAUAACAUUACAUUCAAUUUCCCAAAAUUCUCAUUGUCAUCGUGUGGGAAAAAAUCUCAAUGUCAUUAUGAAGAUCGUCCUGUAUAUAUAUCCACACAGGAUAAUCUUAAUAAUGACAAUAAGAUAAUUUUUCUGCAUUUCCUUCUCAUAUAUGUAAAAAUUAAGGAUUUUAAAACAGGCUUAAAGGAUAGUUCAACCAAAAAUG